AUGUCUGAAGUCAUUGAAGGCAACGUUAAGAUUGACAGAUUAUCUCCAGGUGAUGGUGCCAACUUCCCAAAGGUUGGUGAUUUAGUUACCAUUCACUACACCGGUACUUUAGAAAACGGUCAAAAAUUCGACUCUUCCUUAGACAGAGGCUCUCCAUUCCAAUGUACCAUUGGUGUAGGUCAUGUAAUCAAGGGUUGGGAUGCCGCCAUUCCAAAAUUAUCCGUUGGUGAAAAGGCUAGAAUCACCAUUCCAGGUGCUUACGCCUACGGUGAACGUGGUUUCCCAGGUUUAAUCCCACCAAUGGCCACUUUAAUUUUCGACGUCGAAUUAUUAAAGAUCAACUAA